AUGCCGGGCAACACCAUCAUUGCGGACGACCAGGAUCCUGCCGGGCCCGGGGCGAUCAACUACACGUCGGGCAACUGGAUUUCACAGAAGGCCCAGAACACCUGGCAGAAUACCAUUACAGCGGGAUUUACAGGAGCAAACGCAACGUUCAGUUUCGACGGCGUCGCUGUCGCCGUUCUGGGUGUAGCCACCACAAUUGCUGGCGUCGACCCUCCCCAAGUGCAAUUCAGUCUGGACGGGCAGGACCUCGGGAUUCUCUCAGUACCCAACAACGGCUCUACUUUUUACCCCGUUGUCUGGAUCGACCUGGAGCCACUGAAAUCAGGGACACACUUGCUGGAGAUGGGCGUUGUUUUGGCCAACGACAACUAUCCUUUCUACUUGGACGCGGUCGUAUACAAACCAGCGGCAGGAGUCUCCGCCACCGGGGCUCAAGUCGCGACCUCGGCAGCUCUCCCACCGGCCAUUACCACCGUCGUCACCACCCAAUCCUCCAGCAGCUCUGGCACACCCGUCGGCGCCAUCGUCGGCGGUGUUGUCGGCGGUGUCGCCGUGAUCGCCUUGUCCGUCCUCGCCAUCUGGUUCCUCUUCCUUCGUCACGGGCGACGCGGCGGCAAGCCAUUCUUCUACGCCUCUCACGCCAAUCCAGCAGACCUUCUUGAGGAGGAUCAUCACGAGGCCAAGCCAGCUCCUUACCCCCAAUCAACCGCCCCAUUAACGUACACCAACAUCACCCCCUCUCCCUCUCCCGACCCCCUCUCCGUCUUCAGCGCCUCCAGAGGGGAACAAGCACCCCUCGUGCGCCCGGGCACCUUCAGCGACGCCCGCCAGCCGCAAGCGUUCAGCGACUACUCCGCUUCUGAGGCCGGCGGUGGCCCGACGGUGAGCGACUGGAGCGCGAGCUCGUCCUCACGGCUUGGGCUCGCGGCGGGCUCUCGCGUACCGGCGCGCACGAGCCCGAACCAAUCCGGGCGGAGCAAGGCAGCGGAGGCGGGGAUGCUGAGCGUGCCACAGGAGGUGACGUACAACGCGGACUCGGGCGUCCGCUUCGACGCGAACGGGCGGCCGGUCCCCGUCGCGGGCUCGUCGUCGGCGGCGGCGACGGGGCAGGCGCUCGCAGCGCAGGAGCUGACGGACGUGCCGCCGUCGUACAGCGCUACAUGA